AAAAAGGUCAAGGCUUCAGCGGCGUUGAAUUUUUAUUGCUAACUGAGGUUGGACAAGGAGUGCAAGGACAGGGCUUUAGAUUGCACCAAGGCUGACUCGAUAAAGGGUGUGCCCAAAAUACAUGCAUGGUGAACUGCUUCCAGUGAUACAACGUUAAUCAUGCGUGUCCGAGUUCAAACGAUCAAACGACUGGUGUACUCUGGUCUGGCUAUAGGUGGCGGGGUGUACGUAGCCACAGUCGUAUUUCCUAAAUUAUCAGACACCAAAGUGCUACCUGUAAGCAGCGUACUAGCGUCAGAGUCUACGACUGCACCGAGUCAGGGGCCGCUGCCGAGUCGUGACCAGAUCCACCGGAGACUACAGACGGAGGUGUAUGAUGUCCUCGUGAUCGGUGGGGGCGCCACCGGCACUGGGGUCGCUCUGGAUGCCAUCAGCAGAGGUUUGAAGACGGCACUAGUAGAGAAGUUUGAUUAUUCUGCUGGUACGAGCAGUCGCAGUACAAAACUAAUCCAUGGAGGUGUGCGCUAUUUACAGAAGGCCGUGUUUAAUCUCGACAGAGAACAAUAUCGUAUGGUGACCGAAGCCCUGGCCGAGAGAGCGAACCUGCUAGCUAUUGCUCCACAUCUGGCUUACUCUCUGCCCAUCAUGCUGCCGAUCUAUAAAUGGUGGCAAGUUCCGUAUUUCUGGGCUGGAAUCAAAAUGUAUGACAUUGUCGCUGGCAGGGAAACUCUUCAGUCCAGUUAUUACCUGUCAAAGAAGAAGGCGUUAGAGUUAUUUCCCAUGUUGAAGAAGGAUCGUCUAGUUGGCGCUCUGGUGUAUUACGAUGGGCAGCACGAUGAUGCGAGGAUGAACAUUGCCAUUGCCCUGACGGCAGUCAGGAUGGGGGGGUCGCUGACCAAUCAUGUCGAGGUUCUUAGCUUGCUCAAGGAAUCAUGUGAAGAUGGGAAGGAAGUGGUCUGCGGUGCCCAUGUCAAAGAUCAGAUUACUGGGAAGGAAUUUGAUAUUAAAGCUAAAUGUGUGAUCAACGCGACAGGCCCAUACACGGACAGCAUUCGACAGAUGUCUGACCCAUGUAUACGUAAGAUCUGUCAGCCCAGCUCCGGGGUACACAUCGUUCUACCUGCAUAUUACAGUCCAGAACACAUGGGGUUGCUUGAUCCAUCAACUAGCGAUGGGAGAGUUAUAUUUUUCUUACCGUGGCAGAAAGUGACACUGGCAGGUACCACAGACAGCCCAUGCGAUGUGACAGAUUACCCGCAGCCCACGGAGAAAGAAAUCCAGUUCAUAUUGAAUGAAGUGAGGAACUAUCUCAGCCCAGACGUCGAAGUGCGCCGUGGCGAUGUCCUGUCAGCGUGGAGUGGACUGCGCCCCCUGGUGGCCGACCCGAACAAGGCCGACACUCAGUCUGUCGCUCGUAACCACAUCAUCGAGGUCGCGAAAGACAAACUCAUAACAAUUGCGGGUGGCAAGUGGACGACAUACCGACACAUGGCAGAGGAGACGAUUGACAAGGCGAUAGCGACAUGCGACCUGACCCCGGCAUGUAGCACCAGUAAGACAAAAGGCUUGUUGCUCGACGGAGCUCACGGGUGGUCGCCAACAAUGUACAUUCGACUCGUACAGGACUUCGGGCUCGAAAUAGAGGUUGCAAAACAUUUAGCCAGCACAUAUGGAGACAAAGCAUUCAAAGUGGCCAAACACGCCAACCUGACGGGAAAACGUUGGCCAGUUGUAGGGAAACGGCUCACGGAGGAAUAUCCCUACAUUGAAGCCGAGGUGGUCUAUGCAUUGCGAGAGUAUGCGUGUAGUGUGAUAGAUGUGAUUGCCAGGAGAACCCGACUUGCGUUUCUAAACAUUCACGCCUCACAAGAGGCUUUACCCAGAAUUGUAGAUAUAAUGGGGGAACAUCUCAACUGGAGUAAAGCUAAAAAAAAGGAAGAAAUGGAGCGAGCUCAGCGGUUUUUGCGUCGAGAGAUGGGGAUGGACAUCCAGAAGAUUCAGGAGCGCGAGGCUCCCAUCAACUUCACGAAGGAGGAGAUUAACACGUACGCCAAGCGCUUCAAGUCGCUCGACACCGACAACAAGGGAUACAUCACCGUGAACGAUCUGAGGAAAUACUUCAAGAAAACUGGUGAGAAGGUGACAGAAGACCAACUCCAUGACAUUCUCAGCGAGGUCGAUCUCAACAAGAAUGCACAGGUGGAUCUCGGGGAAUUCCUACAGUUAAUGAGUGCUCUGAGUACCGGGGUCGUCUCCAACUCACGACUAGCAAUGGCCGCCGAGCUGAGUGCAGGAGCAGAAAGAAUCUCAGUAGAACGAAGCGGAGGCGAUUAUGAUGGGUUAACCAGUUCCAAUGAGCGUAAGCAUUCGAUUCUAAAUCAUAUCGAUAUUAAUAAACGAACAGUUGUUAUUCAAAUACCUACUUUUUUAUUAGUUUUUAUACACUUAAAAUGAGCACCAAGCUGGCCUCGAUACGUAGCAAAGAUCACCGCACAUGCAUCAAAAACUAACAAUCAUCGGCAGUAAAUAUUGUUAACUACGUAACCGGUUUCGGUGAGUGAAACGUUUAGUGGUAUAGCUUACAGCAAACACUUACCAACACAAAACUUUUCAGUGUUUUAUCAAAACAUGUAUGUUGUUCAACAAAACAUGUAUUUAUAAUGAUUUAUAAAAAUUAUUUUAAAUAUAUUAAGGCAAAUAACAAAAUGGGAGUUUUCGAGAACCAGUGUUAUCAGACGAUCUUUUGCAAUAGUGUUUAAGUUGAGCAAAGGAAUGGUUAUAAUGGUAAAAUUGUUUUGUUAAAAAAUAUAAGCUGCAUUCUGAGUUUUAAUAAAUACAUAAACAGAUACCCUGAAAGAUAUUUAUGUUAAAACAUAUAAGGACCAUAUAUUUUUGGCAAGUAUCUGUAAAGAGAGUUUUACCAGCAGAUGCCAUGACAAUCAUGUGAAUUCAAUGAAUAUAGAUAGCAAUAUAGUUGAGAACACACACAAAUAUUUCUUAAAAUUAAGUUUUCUUUCAAAUGACGGUGUUUGAAAAACGGUAUUAACAAAUGUGCUAUGUGGGUCAGGUUCAAUUUUGCUUUCUUUGCUCAUUUUAACUUUAUUUUCACAAACAUUUCUGUGAAUGUGACAGACAUUUGUUUACUUUCCUCAUGCAAAAGUCAACGAUGUUGGAAAUCUUCAAAUUUGCGUACUGUUGCGCACAGACGACGGAACCACGGAAACAGGUCCUUCACUGUAAUAGGUACACGGACGAUACUAAUGAAUGAUUACCUUGAAGAACAGUGAAAGUUAUUUGUAUUCAUAUUUACAACUAGUUGAACUGAAUACAUAAUUAUACGUACCGGGUACAAGCAUUGGUUUACUGUAUGAAUUGCAAUACAUUUGCAGUUGGUUUUUCUCUCUCAACUGAAAUCGACAUUCUUCCCAUAAACAGGACAUGAAAAAAAUUUUCUCAUACAAAUUUAUCUUUACUGAAUUGGACAUUCUACACAGCUGUACCUUUUUAAAGCAAACUUACCUUAAUUGAAUUCAACGUUCUACAGAGCCUGUGCCCAAUUUCACAAAACAUUGUAAGCCUAGUUUUGCAGUUAAACAUACGUCUACGACUAAGUUAUUGUUAUUACCAUUAUCAGGGCCGUAGCUAGCAUCGGGGCAAGGCAGUUGUCGUGUCGUCGUCCCCCCCCCCCCGAAAAAUAAAUUCGGAAAAUAUAGAAUCUCAAAGAAAAGGAGCUUUAGACUAUUAACUACUCAGUUGCCGCCCCCCCAAAC